CCUUGAGUGAGCUUCCUCUGCAUGUUUUCUAUAUCACUGGCAGAGCCUGUAGUUGGAAAGGGGACAGAGUGACUACUGGACUUUGUAUGAAAACACCAACCAGGACAGAACUUCAGUCAAGGCUGAGACAGGGGUGGGGGUAUAUAACUUGUUCUUGCCUUAAACUUGGAACAUGGUUGACUCUGGGACAGAAGCAAGGGCUAGAGGAAAGGCUGAGGCUGGCCUGCAAGAUGGAAUCAGUGGUCCUGCCACUGCUAGAGUGAAUGGUAAAACCCAGGCCAAGGCAGUGGCUGAGGCAGAACUGAAAACAGAAUCAGUGACCCAGGCCAAAGCUGGUGAUGAAGCAAUGACCGGGACACAUACAUUGACCUGCAGGGAGGCUAUGGCUGUGACAAGGGAAGUGAUCAAGGUGGAAGAUACAACUAAGACUAGAGUCAUGGUUGAGACUAAGACAAAACCCCUGGCAGAACGCAGUAUAGUGCCACAAACCAAGUCAAAGGCCAUGCCUAUGUCUAGGGUCAGUACUGUAACCAAGUCUGAAGUCAAGGUUGUUGCUGUCAUUGAGGCAAAUAUUAGGUCCUAUGCCAAGUCACAUGAUAAGGCCAAUACCGGGUCCAGACCUGACAGAAGGGAAGAGGCCAGCAUUGGGAUGAAAUCCAGUGAUGAGGAUGAAGAAAAUACAUGCUCCUGGUUCUGGACUGGAGAAGAGCCUAGUGUAGGGUCCUGGUUCUGGCCUGAAGAGACCUCUCUUCAAGUUUAUAAGCCCCUACCUAAGAUCCAGGAAAAGCCUAAGCCCACACACAAACCCACACUUACUAUAAAACAAAAGGUAAUAGCAUGGUCAAGGGCCAGGUAUAUUGUCCUAGUUCCAGUUGAAGGAGGGGAGCAAUCCUUGCCUCCAGAAGGAAACUGGACCCUGGUUGAGACCUUGAUUGAAACUCCUCUGGGGAUUCGACCUUUGACCAAGAUCCCACCUUAUCAUGGGCCUUAUUACCAGACCUUAGCUGAGAUCAAAAAACAGAUUAGGCAAAGGGAAAAGUAUGGGCCUAAUCCGAAGGCCUGCCACUGCAAAUCACGUGGCUUUAGUUUAGAGCCUAAAGAGUUUGAUAAACUUGUUGCCCUCCUUAAGUUAACUAAGGAUCCUUUCAUUCAUGAAAUAGCUACAAUGAUAAUGGGCAUCAGUCCUGCUUAUCCAUUUACUCAAGAUAUAAUUCAUGAUGUAGGUAUUACUGUUAUGAUUGAAAACUUGGUCAAUAAUCCCAAUGUUAAAGAACACCCUAGAGCUUUAAGUAUGGUGGAUGACAGCUCUGAGUCUUCCGAAGAACCAAAAUCAGGGGAGUCAUAUAUACAUCAAGUUUGUAAAGGCAUAAUCUCUUGCCCCUUGAACUCCCCUGUGCAGCUGGCUGGACUGAAAUUACUAGGGCACUUGAGCAUAAAAUUUGAAGAUCACUAUGUGAUUACCCGUUAUAUUCCAGAUUUCCUCACCUUGUUAAACAAGGGAAGUGUCAAAACCAAGUUUUAUGUUUUAAAAGUGUUUUCGUGUUUGUCUAAAAAUCACGCCAAUACAAGAGAAUUGGUCAGUGCCAAAGUACUGUCAUCAUUGGUUGCACCCUUUAACAAGAAUGAGUCAAAGGGCAAUAUUCUUAAUAUUAUUGAAAUAUUUGAGAAUAUAAAUUUUCAGUUCAAAACAAAGGCAAAGCUGUUUACCAAGGAAAAGUUCACUAAAUCUGAGCUUAUUUCAAUAUUCCAGGAAGCAAAACAGUUUGGUCAGAAACUCCAAGACUUAGCAGAGCACAGUGAUCCUGAAGUGAGAGAUAAAGUCAUACGAUUAAUACUCAAACUCUGAAUACCCCUCUGUUCUCAUAAAGCCUCAAACAGUUUUUUGGAGUUGCAAUAUGAAACCAAUGCAUAUUGUAAUUAUAAAUUCAAUACUUAUGUUUUCCAUGUUGAUUGAGGGAGGCAAUUUUAUGGAUACCAAUUAAUCUUGAGAUCCUGAACAUGUGCUGAUUUUUAUUGUGCUAUAUAAUAUAAAUUGAGAUAUUUUUAGUAUUUCUGCAACGUGACCUGAUAAUGAAUCUAUUCAUCCUGAGUAAGCUAUACUUCUGUGCUUUAUAUUGAUACAAGUGUAUUCUUUUGAGAUUUUAUUUACAUGUUGUUAAUAAAGUUGCAUGCUAAAACUGGUGAAAA